UUUUGACUCUUUUGAUGACAGUAGAAGUUUCGCUCCUGACUGUUUUCGUUGCGUUCAAAGGGCAAAAUGACACGGUAGCACCUGUCUGCUAUUGCCGUUUGCAGUAAAAAUGUUGGUCGGGAUGUAACAGGUCAGUUGAAGUUUGUUGUACACAAUCACUGAGAGAUGGCGAACCCACUGCGCGGAGAGGUAGUGCGACUAUACAAAACUUUGCUGUUUCUUGGACGGGAGUACCCAAAAGGAGCAGACUAUUUCAAAGACAGGCUACGGGCUGCUUUUGCCAAGAACAGGGAUAUGAAAGACCCAGAGAAGAUCAAAGAACUCAUCAGCCGUGGAGAAUUUGUGGUGAAAGAGCUUGAAGCGCUGUAUUACCUUCGGAAAUACAGAGCUUUGAAGAAGCGAUAUUAUGAUAUAGAUGAAUGACUGCUACAUGAAAUUACUUUGCCUGCGAUUUCCAAUAACAGGGCAAUAGCGAUGGUAUAAAUGCUGUGAUUAUAUUGAACGUGUGAAUGUAAAUAAAUCAAGUGGAUUGUAA